AACUGCGGAACAAAUUAGCAGCGCUUGAUAGCCAAAGUCGUGAAUACUCCAAUACAGCUAGAUUGCUUCAUCCGGAAGAGGUUAAGCAGAUUAUUCCGAUGUUUGGAGAGGGUGCCAGUUUCUUGCAGUGGAUAAAAACGGUAAAACACAGUGCUGAAGUUUAUGGUUGGACCGACCAAAUGACAUUGAUGUACGCUAGCAGUCAGCUAACUGGUGCUGCAAAGGAGUGGUACAGUGGUUUCCGGCAUUCUGUAACAUCGUUUAAAGAAUUUGCCGAAGGAAUGGGAAAAGCUUUCCCAGACACGCAUAAUGAAGCUGCUAUUCACAAGAAGCUGUUGCAUACAUUCAAAAGGAAUGAUGAGUCCUACGCCGCCUACAUCUUUCGUGUGCAUGCCCUUGGAACAACUGGGAUCGUGAGUAACGCAGCGAUUAUAACAUACAUCAUCCGAGGACUAUCGCGCGAUCCCAUGUAUGACAACUUAGUGGCGAAAGAAUAUCGUGAUGUGUAUGAUCUGAUUGAUCAUGUAAACCGAUGCGAGAUGCAUUACCAAAUGCGUGAACCACCGUCAUCCCCCACUCGUCCACAACCUUCAAGCCGUUUUACAUCGAUGCUGAAAACCAACACCAAACCAGCCAAUGGGCGAGAAGAAAUGGUGCAAUGCUACAAUUGUUCGAGUUUCGGCCAUUUUUCCAACCAGUGCCGAAAACCACGUCAGUCUGCCCAACUAUGUUUCUUGUGUGGAAGCCCUGAUCACAAGAAACAAGACUGCCCGAACGUUGCCCAGAGGAUGCCUGCCGCUAUAUUUGCACCGUGCGAUCAGCAGAGUUUCCAACAUCAGUCUCCGGCAUCACGAUUGCCUCAAUCCGGUGGCAAUGAUUACUCACAUCUGAACCUGUCGAUGGCUGCUGCAGCAGAAAACAAUUACGGAGAUGAUAAUGGAAAUCAAGUGACUGGUUCAGGAGCUAGGAUCGAUCCAAUUCAGGAGCCCUAAAAGUUUCAUCAGUGAACAACUUGUGCCAAACAUCAAACAUACUCCUCAAUUUUCGGGAUUCUGUGGAUUAGGCAACCAGCAGCUUACAUCUUUGGGCCAU